GUUGACUUAUAUUAACAUAUAAGACGCGUCGCGAAGAAAAGCACCUAAGAAGCAUAUCGAAAAUUUUACAGGAGGAGGAAAAAAGGAAAGAGAAAAUCAACUCUAAGCACGAAUUUCUGUUUUGUAAAUCAUUAUUACGAAAGUAUUUCAGAUAAGUAUUUGAUAAAAAUUAAUUUUGAGUUCAGAUAAUUAAAAAGUAAUCUUUAAUUUAUCUGAAACAAUCAUAAUCCGAAAAUCGAUGUUUUGCUUUUUAGGUGCUUUUCUUCGCGACGCGUCACAUGUAUAUAAACAAAGUUUAGGGAAAAAUGUGAUAUGGAGAUGUCAUACGUAUUAAGAUAUUUUCUUUUAAUUUCGAAGAUGGGAAAUAUUUAAAAAGAAAAUUUGCCUGUUGGUCGUGAAUUUCCGUAGAACAGCUAUGCAAAAAUGGAAGACUUGACUCCAGAUUAUUUUGAUAACGUUGGCAAAGCCGCUGUUAGCGACUACAAAUUUUUAGGAUAAAGCAAAACAGCAGCUGAAGGCAAAUUUGUGCAAAUUUUACGGGCGAAUACAAUACCUGACAAUGUUAUACAAAGUAUAUUAGAAAAUACUAAGAUUCUUGUGUCUUUAUCCGUUGAAGAAUUUUGCAAUUCUGCUGAGAGUGAAUUACAAAAAAAGAUUGGAAAAAAAUUGUCAGACCAUGUGAAUAUUUCCAAAACUCAAAACAAACCAAGCGAAAGCAAAAUUCAUAUUUAAAGAAAAAAUCAUCUUUUCUUGAACCAAAAAGAAUUGAAUUAGGCAGUAGAAUAGUUCGAGAUAAUCAGGCAAAAUUUGGAGAAAACAGAAAUUCGAAAUUACAUUUUGAUGAAAUGACGUAUGUAUCUGUGAUAGACACUAUUAAAGUCCUUUUUUCUAACGAAGAGUAUACAACAUUUUUAAAUAUCGACCAUGUAGGAAAUGAAAAUGUUUUUUGUAGUUUUAUGGAUAGUUCUGUUACUAAAAAUAAUGUUCUCGUUAAAGAUUCAACUAACAAUAUAGUAUGGAUUAUUUUGUAUUUCGAUGAAAUGAAUCUUACUGACACAGCUUCCUCUAGACAUACUCAAAUGGGCAUGUUUUAUUUUACUUAAAUAUUCAUUCUCGUCACAGAUCCAAAUUAAAUUGCAUAAAUCUAAUUACCUCUGUCGAAACACAUUUAAUAGAUACUUAUGGCAUGUCGGAAAUUUAACGACCGAUUGCAGAAGAAUUAAAAAAAUUGGAAGAAGGCAUAGAAAUGUAUGACAAGAGCAUUUUGCAUGGUAUUCCACUUGGUUUCAUUGGCGAUAAUCCUGCUGCUAUGAAAAUUGGUGGUUUUUAGAAGAGUUUUAUAGCUGAACAUUGUUGCCGAUAUUGUAUGGCUGGUAAAUCAAAAGUCAUGAGCUUGAAAACAUUCAAGGAAAUCUGAUGGAAUUUGACAUGUAUUUAAUUCUUUAUGAAUGUUUUUAAUAAAAGGAUGCUUGCAAUCGAAGAAGAAAAUGCGGUAUUGAAAGAAAAGGAUGAAGUGAAAGAUUUAAAUUAAAGGAACAGAAUGGCUUUUGGGAAAGUGUGAUAUCGAAAUCGGAAGUUGAGAUGGGUUCGUUGCCGAAUUUGCACGAACUAACAAGAGAAAAGCUCGAAAGUCCUGCACAUCGACCGGCUCCAAUUGAAGGUCUUGGUCCAGUGAGAUUACCACCGCAACCUCCGCCCUUGGCUCACACUCACAAACGUGCGAGAAGCAGCGGUCAUCAUCAUGGCACUAUUUUGUGGGACAAUGAUGCCAUGCUCGAGCACAUGGCAACGUAUUCGCCGAUAUCGUGUCGAUCGGCGAGAGCAUCAGCAUUAUCAUGGAGGCGACGGGAGUCAAUGAGUUCGUCAGCAGGAGCGUCGUCUGUUCGUAGGCUGAUAGCUGCCGUGAGAACGGCAUCCUCGGGACCAAGGCCACCGAAAAAAGCAGUCUUAAGGCAUUGUGCUGCACUAUUAUUGGGUCACGCGACAUGUUCGGCUGCAAUCCUGCCAAUGUUCCCACUUCAAGCUGGUCUUGGAGCCUUUGAUCCUUAUUUGGGACCAGCAUUGCUGGCCCUUUUAUUUGCCAUGGCAACGCUUGCCACAUGUUUUGCUCCCAUCAUCGUUCAGAAGCUCAGCACGAAUUUAACCAUUAUUGUUGGACACGUCAUCAUUACAAUAUUCGUUGGUGCUCACCUCUAUCCCAGAUGGUAUGUCCUAGUGCCAAGCUAUGCCUUGCUAGGAAUCUGGAUGAGUCCAGGAUUUUUGGCGAGAACAUCCCACGUGAAUGUUUGUGCUGCUAGUUUGGGUCUUGUUUGUGCCGAUCCUGAAGAUCCGGAUGACACAAGAAGAGAUUGCUUGCUGAGAAGACUGAAUAGAAGUAUGAAAUUAGCAGAGGACCUGGGUCUCGCUUUUGGUUGUUUCAUUGCAUCGAUACUUGUAAGAAUAACCGAUAUGUCUGAAUCAAAUUCCAUGUCCAAUGGAGAAUCAGAGGAGGAAUGUGGCGCUGAAUAUUGUCCUGAAACAAAAAUGCAUUUUUACGAAGAUCAUUUUUACAAUGAGACGAUAUUCAUGACGACGAUUCCGCCAGGAACAUCAAAAAUAAUAGUGAGCGUUUGGCUGGGACUGGCGGUUCUUGCGAUUGGCACAUCUAUUGCUUUUUUGGAUUCGAGAUUAAAGGAGCCGCAAAAUGUUAACGAUAGAAUCAGCACAAGUAAUUUAUUAAAAUCAAUAAAAAGCGCAUUUCAAGAUCCCAAACUGCAAUUGGCAGCGCCUCUUACUCUUUUCGUCGGUUUGGAGCAGGGCUUCAUAUUCGCCGACUUCACGGAAGCUUACAUUGUUUGCGCCUUGGGAGGUGCGAAAUCAGUGAGUACAAGUUUCCUGAGUCUUGCAUUACUUCAAGCACUCGCGGGUGCGACACUUUCAAUGCUACUGAGGCAUAUCAAACGAUAUUACGUUGUUGGUAAAUAUUUUUCCUUUUUAUAUUAUUCUUUUAUGUAUUACAUUUCCUUGUUAUCCAUUUGCUAUAUUUAUGAAAAAAAAGACACAUUUAAAAACAUGUUUUAUUUAGUGCAGUGGGUCUCGGGAAAAGAAAUAAGUGUAAUUGAGGAAUCUAAUGUUGUUGAAAUAUUUAAACAUUCUGCCCAAAUUUCUUGGAAUGGGAAAACAUACAAAGCCAAAAUAUUAGCAGUAAAUGAUGACAGACAAUGGUUGGAGUCAUUGCAAGUGAAUGUUGCAGGUUCCAUUUGCGGCCAAACAAAGGCAAAUGCUGCGGAAGAGCAAGCAGAUUUGUUAACACCAAUAAACGAAGCAUCUGCAGAAAUGCAAUUCGCAAACGCUGCGGAAGAGCAAGCAGAUUUGUUGACACCAAUAAACGAAGCAUCUGCAGAAAUGCAAUUCGCAAACGUGGAGGAACAAUUUCAAAAUAUGAACUUAGAAACAUCUAUUGUGGAAGAUCAAGUGGAUGUUUCUACAUCCACAAAAGAAGCAUCUGAAAAUGUUCAAGCAGCACACGUUACGGUGGUAAACGAUACGGUCAUUAUUGAUAAAAAAAGAGAAAUGGAAUUUCUUCAACUUUCUAAACGUCCUAGGGAGAUGGUCAGAAGACUGAUGUUGCAUUUAGUUGGGCGCGAAAAUUUAUUGUCAAUGACAGCAUUAGGGCUUGGAAACAAUCCUAACGUUCCGAAAGGGAUACCAGAAAACAUCAGAGUUGCUGUUUUUGAAGCAGAUCGCGGUCUUAUUGUUGGAAUGAAUUUAUCGGGGAGCACUGUAAGAGAAAUUUCCAACGUAGUUGGUUGCUCUGUCAAUACGGUUCGUUUAUGGAUCAACCGACACGCUGCCGGAGGAUCACGAUCUUUAAUGGAUCAUCGGAGAUAUAAUCGUCCCCCAAGAAAAACUAACGUUAUCCAGGAAGAAGUAAUUAAUGAAUAUUUUACUGAGAAUCCAUUUUGUUCAUCAGCAGAUUUUGUGAAUCGUAUAGGUGCUAACAUCAGUGUGCAAACAGUCAGACGGCAUUUGAAUGAGAUGGGAAUUAAGAGCCGUAUUCCUGCCGUAAAAUUUGCGUUAAAUGUCGCUCAUCGUGAGGAACGCAUAGGAUAUGCUCUACAGUACUUACCAGAACUUCCAGAAUUUUGGUCAAACGUUAUAUUUAUGGACGAAAAAACGUUUUCAACCACAGAAGAUGGCCGUCGACGUGUCUGGAGAAAUAAGGAAAGCAGACUCAGUGAGAAAUGUGUUGUCUCUAAAAAGCGUAGUAGUCGAAUUUCUUGCAACUUUUGGGGAUGCAUUUCUGUUCACGGAGUAGGCGAGUUGCAAGAGGUCAAUAGGAGAUUAAAUUCUAGAGGUUACGUAGACAUUUUGGAAAACGUUUUUCUUCCUUACAUGAACAGAAUGUUCCCUGUAAACGAGCACGAAGAAGUUAAAGUAGUGCAAGACAAUAGUCCGAUUCACAGUGCUCGUUUGACUCAAAAUUGGUACGAACGACAUGAUAGAAUUACUUUAUUGCCUCAUCCUCCGUACUCACCUGAUCUAAAUCCUAUUGAAAAUAUUUGGGCAACUGUUGUGAGUGAUUGGCAAUCAGAUCAAGAUAGAAAUUUAGAAAACCUGAUUAACCAUGCAUAUCAAAGUUGGGAAAAUUUACGAAAUGCCCCAGAAAUUGCCGCAAAUUGUAUUUACUCUAUGCCAAGGCGCCUUCAAAAUGUUAUCGAAAAAAAUGGCUUUUGGACGAAAUACUAA